UGUCGUCCGCUCCCGCUAUGAGCAGCUCCGCAACAUACACCUGUUUCCUCAGUCUUGUGUUUUGAGAGAAAACGAAACACCGUCGGGACUUUCUCCCUCUCCAUGAGCUCCGUAUUGAGACGGCUCAGUUUGCCUCCGACACCGGCAGCAGGACUUUCCCGGUCACACUUCACUCCACCACCAGUCGUUCAAGUCGUCGCGAGACACCGGUGGAUGUAGCCUAAGUAAACCAGACUUAUUAAUUUUUAUGAGUUCCCUUACGAGCACGUGCGUUCUCUGCUUUCACACAGAAGCUUGGAAGUGAAUGCUGUGAACAGUGUUGGAAUGUAACAGGAUUAUCAUCUGACCUUAACUAGGUGGAGGCAAAGCAACCAGGCCAUUAGAUCACACCUUUUCUGAUCUUUGCUGACUUACAAUGCCUUUGAGGUCAUAAUGUCUAUGAUGAACCACGUUAUUCUACAGGAUAAAGACCAGGACAUUGAGAAGAAGCUGGACUGGAGUUACAUCGAGUGGGCUGAAAAUGAAGUCGUCACCACAGGUGUGGCAAAUGCACAGACACAAACAGAAUGGGGGCCUUUUGAGCACAAGGAGAGUCAGACCAGCAGCCCGGUCAUUAUGCACAUAGAUCUCACACGGACACACUCCAAGCUGAGACAUUCGUCCCUGGUGGACACAAACAUCUUGGCAGCACCUUUAUUCCAGUUUGACAGGCAGGCCCCUGGGCGCAUCUCCACGUCUCCCACCUUAAGGAGGAUGAGGAGCACCCGACGUCCUCUGAUGGAUACCUGGGAUCCUGUCAAGAUGGGUAGCACUCAGGAGGAGCCAUCCUCCGAAAUCCCCUUGUCCCCAGGACACAGAGUCAAGUCUUCUCUUGCAGCAAGCCCCCUCUCUGAUGGCGAGAUCUGUCAUGAUCAUCAGCCAAUUUUGUCCUCCAACCGACAGAGAAUCAGAUCACAAAGAUCAAAGACUUUUGACAACGGUAUCACUUCCAAGAGACAAGAAUGUAGCAGUGCUCAUCCUACUCUUAUUGAAGAUUUUGGAUUUCCUGACAGUGAAGUACAGCAGCAUAAAUUGGAGAGGCUGCGGAAGACAGUUUACUGUCAAAAGUCAUACAGCAUGGCAAGACUGAGCACAGCAACAAGAUAUAAGGGGAAAGAGCAUUACCAUGACAGGCUUCAGGAAAGGAGACGAAGCUCCGUGGUGGUCAGUUUGCCCGGAUUGGAUGUUUCACCAGGAGACCUUUUUGUAUCCAAUGGAGCAGCUGACAUAUUAAAUGAUUCAAACUUCUCUGAUACUAAGAAGUCAAAGUGGCCUUUUUCAAGGCGUAGUACGACAAAAGGGAAGUCACAGACAGGCACAGCGUCAGAUAUUGAAAAGUGUCUCUCAACAUCACAGAUUCAAGACUGGAGAAACUCUGACCUUCAGAGGUAUAAGGACUACUCUCUGGCAGAGUUCCUGCAGGACCAGUCUUCCCAGGUGAGUGCCGCCUCUGACCCUCAGGGCUUCAAAAGACAGGAGGCCAUCUGGGAACUCUUCACCAGCGAGUGUGUUUACUUCCUGGAUCAGAUCAUGGUUCUCAAAGAGGUGUUUUUGGCUACACUCACAAACCUGCAUAUGAGGAACUGCCUGACUGAUGUCGACUAUUGGAGGCUGUUUGCUAACCUCAAUGAGCUUUGCCUGGUGAGCUUUGGUUUCCUGAACAACCUCCUCCGCGUCAUCAAGGACACAUUGGAGAUUACUGAGGGUGGCGGGCCCACCCUGCUGGAGCUGCUGCGCAAGGCUUACCAGGAGAGCAUAUGUCACUGCCUGCAGAAGUACUGCCUCAACUACUCCACAGCUCUGCUUUAUCUGGACAGCCUGAAGCUCAGAGAGGACUUUGGAUCUUACGUGAAGUGGUGUGAGAGGAACGAACAGUGCCGGAGGCUGCAACUGCGUGACCUGUUGGUGGCGCCGUUGCAGAGGCUAACUCGAUACCCGUUGUUGUUGCGGAAUAUUGCGAAGAGAAGCCAGACGGAGGACGAGACCAGAGGCCUGCAGGUUAUAAUUGAGCAAGUGGACACAUCUAUAUGUGAUUUAGAGGGAAAGGUCAAAUGGCUGGAUAACUACCAGAAAGUGAAACAGUUGAGAGAUGCCCUGGUGUGGCUUCCUGUGUGGGAGAGAGACAAGCGUGCCUUCGUCCCUGAGAAUCUGAAACAUCUCUUAAAGGCUGUCACUCUGGAGAAUCUUAUUUCCCACAGAAGUCUGCUGCAUGAAGGGAAACUUGUGCUCAUAGAGAACACAAAGCUGAUAGAUGUUUAUCUGUUCCUGUUUGACGAAUUCCUGCUGAUCACCAAGAUCAAGAGAAACAAGAAGCGGUCCAUCGGACCAGAGCAGAAUCCUCUGAGGCUGCCACAGAACCUGGAGCUGGAUCAGCUGCUGAAGGAGGGAUGCACCUUCACAGUCCUGGACCAGCCCAUCUCUCUGGACCGACUCCAGCUCAAGAACAUCGAUCAGCUCAAUGCCUCAACAUCUGGGCUGCCUCACUCUUUCAUAAUCAUGCACCAAAACCGCUACCAGCAAUGUAUCGGUGCAUUCAUCCUGCAAGCCGCGUCUGAAUCUGCCAAGAGAGUGUGGAUGUCAAAGAUAGAGGGCGCUGUAACGGCGCUGCUGAAGCUGGACUCUCAGCAGCCUCGACUCAAGAGCUCCGCCCUGUGGCUGGAGUCUUCACAGAUAUGACCCAGCAACCAACACUAGAAGCCAUCAGAAAUGUCUCUACUGUCAAUGUGCACUUCACUCUCCUCCUGACGUCUUGUAAAUGACUGUACUAGCACUAGGAUCAUUUUGUAAACUAAAUGUUUGCCUUUUAAAGUCAGCUGCUGCCGUUGUGUACAAUAAAUAUCGGAUUAUGUA